AUGUCUGAAAUGAACGGGGAGAAGAUGAAGUUAACAGCACUUUCUAUGAAACCAUCAAAACUUGCACUGGUAGCACCAGAUGUGGCACUUGAAAAGUAUAUUCAGAUAGGCUUAAGGCCGUCUCUUCGGAAAUUCGAUGAAUUCAGACCUGUUGAAGUUUCAUUUGCAGGACUAAGUACUUACGAGAAAAAGAAGAAAAGCAACAAGCACAGCAAAAUUAUAGGAUCAUCAGUGGUAAAAUGUGGACCGACUGUUGUUGUUUGUUCUGUCAGUGCUGGAAUAGUCGAGGACUCUCAAGAACUAACAAAUGAUUACAGACUUAAGCUUGACAAGGGUAUAAUAGAUGCCGAGAGGGAUGAGAAUGGAAGUAUUCAGGCAAAUGGACCAGAAAAUGCUUCGAUCUAUACUGUGGUCGAAGUUUCAAAAGGACGAAAUGGCCCUCCAUUACCAGAGGAAAUGAGUGUGUCACAGUCGUUAUACGACACUAUAUUGCAUAGCGGAUUGAUCAAAAAAAGUAGUCUAAAGAUCAGACUAGGACUUAAAUCAAAGGAUAAAGAUGGAAGGCCGCAAAUUAUAAGGGGCGAGGAAAACGACGAGUUGAUAAAGGAAUUUGCUCCAUCAAAAACUUUCAGCUAUGUUCUUUAUUCUAAAAUCCAGGUGUAUUCACCAACCGGAUCGCUAUUUGAUUUAUGCCUUAUUUCGUUACUCAAGGCUCUUAAAGAAACAAAGCUACCCGAGGUAUACAUGACUGAGAAGACUGCUGGCACUCAAAUUUCCACAAAUGCGAGAAGCAGAGACAGUAUUAACAAUGGUGCUUUUAGCUCAAACUUGGAACAGUACAAUUUACUAUGCGAUCCAAAAAAUUCUCACCACUUGGAAGUACAAACGAAAAACUUAUUUUGGCCGUCAACAUUUGGAGUAGUAUUCAAUGGAGUAAAUGGUGAAAACAAGGAUGCUGAAGGGGAUUUGGAGAUGUCGCAGAAUAAAUCCCUGUCAUCGGCUUUGUUAGCUGAUCCUGAAGGAACUGCUGAGGAAGAAGCAACAAGGAAGAUCAAGGUACUACUAGACGGACAGGGAAAUAUAUUUGGCAUAGAGGUAAUAGGAGGAAUAACAGAAUCGACAGUUACAAAGGCAGAUAUUAAAAGGGCUAUUAAAAUUUCCCAGAUACGGGCAAAGGUUGAGUUGAAACAUUUAUAG